GGGGUUGCGGAGAAGAGAUAAUGCGGGGAGAAUCCAGGUGACAUCGGGUGGUAGCAAGGGCCGUUGUCCCGCAUGAGAAAUGUGAUAUGAUUGGUUGGAACCCGAAUGAAUUUUCUUAUAUAACCAUAGUGAAUAUCAUAGUUAAUUUUUUGAAGAAAACGACAGGAUUAAUACGGUUAUUGUGGAGUGGUGGCCUUUGCGAGUCUCCCCUUACGCUACCCACUCACCUCCUUUGCUCAUCAAGAAUACCUCAAAGGAUAGAUCUCCUAUUUGAAGUAAAGCCUCCACACAAAAGUCUCUGGACUGGCAAAUAGAAAGAAGACAACUUUCGAAUCGUCUUCGUAGACUUCCCUGAGCACGCGAAUCUGACCUUCAUCUCGAAGAAGUUCACUAUCUGAAGUAGGAGCACAAUGGCACCUGGGUACGAUAACAAGCUGGAGCCGGUUGUCUCAGAAGGCCUAGGGGACUUCAAGCAUGCCGAAGAACAUGUAGAGGAAGUCACCAUUGCUCGUCUAACUGAAGAGGACUUGUUCCUAUUAUCUCAAGAAUCGCUACAAUUCAAAUCAUGGACGUCGUUUCGGAUCUUCUUGAUGAUGUUCGUCCAAGGCUGUGGUGCCGCCGGAUACGGUAUCGAUUGGGCCGUCAUUUCUGGAAUCAAUGCCUUCAAACCUUGGCACACCUACUUUGGAUUCGGCACAAGCGGUGUGACCUAUGGUACCUUGAACGCGUUGAUGACUAUCGGAACUAUUUGUGGUGCUCCAUUCAUGGCCUUUGCUGAUAUCGUCGGACGACGAGGCAUCAAUUUUGCAGGCAACUUUAUUGUCCUAGUUGCAUCUCUUCUGCAAGCGUUUGCGGUGAACAUGCCAAUGUUCAUGGCCGGCCGUUUCUUUUUAGGAUUUGGUUCAGCACUUAUGUCCAGUCCCCAGUACGUCGCGGAAGUAGCCCCAACGCAUCUCAGAGGUCGACUUGUUGGGCUGUUUGGAGCUUGCUUUCAAGUCGGAAGCUUGUGUAUGAACGCCGGAUUGAUAGGCUUAGCUCGUAUUGAAUCAGAUUGGUGUUGGAGGAUUCCUCUGGCAUUGGAAGGAUUGUUUCCAUUGAUCGUGUGUUUGUUUAUCUAUCCCUUGACACCAGAAUCACCACGUUAUCUCAUCAUGAGGGGUCAAAUGGAAAAGGCCAAAAGGGUCAUCGCCAAGAUGCACACCACAGAAGGCAAUAACGUGGAUCAUCCGUUAGUCACCAUUGUUGCGAAUCAGAUUGAAGAAUCCCUACAGAACGAGCGACAAAGUAAUCAUGCUUGGUGGGACUACCGUGUGCUAUUCCAUGGCAGACCGGCGCAGUAUAGAGUGUUAGUUCUUAUAUUGUACUCAAUCUUUCAACAGUGGAACGGUGGCGGCAUCAUUGGGCAAUAUCUCGUACCCGCUCUAGACACUGUUGGAAUUACAGGAACUAUUGAGCAGCUGGGUAUGAACUUUGGGUUGAAUGCGACUUAUCUGGUGUUUACUGUCUGUGGUUCCUUCAUAGUCGACAGAUUCCGACGAAGGACCUUGAUUUUUUCUGGAUUGAUCAGUUUUAUUCUCUUACAAACAGCCGCUACAAUAACCUCCUGGCAAUACACAUUGACCGAGAGCAAAGUGAAUGCUGGACUUGUUGUAACCUGGCUUUUCUUGUUCCAAACUUGCUCCUCUUUGCUUAUCGCAACAAUGCAUAAUCUUUACCCUGUUGAAGUUCUAUCGCUUGAUAUGAGAGCGAAAGGUAUGGGUUUGUAUGCUCUAGUGCAGGGUGCAGCUGGAACAGUUCAGAAUUACGGCAUCUCGGUUGGAAUUCAAAAAAUUGGAUACAAGAUUUGGGUCGUGUAUGUUGGGUAUAAUCUCAUACAACUGGUCCUCUCAUAUUUCGUAUUCCCAGAGACCUCUGAAUUGACUUUGGAGGAGAUUGAUACUGUGUUUGAGACGCCAGGCGUCAGACCGGUAAAGAUGUCCCUUGAUAUCCAGAAGGCGAAGAGAGAGAAGGAAAGACUCGAGGCUCAAGGAUUAUCUAGCGGUGUUCAGUAUUGAGGAGAGCCAGCAUAAGGAAGGAUACCAUGAUGGUGUAUCUGAAGGGGUCCGUUGUUAGGUUCUUUCAAGAUAAACACGAAUUUCAUUCAUCGAUUUUUCAAACGAAGGCCCUUUGCUACCUUUCUGAUUGAUUGUAAACAAUGGCACACAAACUCCAUGAGAAUCUGUAGAGAGUUUAUAUAUAAUUAUCAGAAUUAUGUGCUAUUGAACGGACGACAUAAUGAAUUGUGAGAGUUAUUUCA